GCAUACUGUGGAGCUGUUAACGAGAGUGCAGACUGAAGACCACACGUCAAAGGAAGAAGACACAACACACAUCCGAUACUUUGGGCAAGACAAUUUUACAAUGGGUGCAUUCAUACGGGGAUUUCCUUGGCCGGAGUGAAGCCUUAUGCUGUGGACUUGUUGAGGCUAAAGAUUAGUAGUCACAAGUGUCCCGUGGAUGUGUCGCUUCUUUAAUAGGAAAUGCAGUAUACAGCAGCUCCUAUGUCAGACCCUCGUGGGGAGGUGAAUGGGGCAGAAGAGCAGAUCGAUGUGUGCGAGGAGAGAACCGAGGAGAAGAAUUCACCAAACCACUCAAAUAUGGACAUGGAGAAGUCAGAACCGGCCACUAGCGGUGCAGAGGAAUCCAGGAUGGGCCAAUCAGAGAGUGAAGAGAGGGCCUUUGUGGUUAAUCUGUACCACUUUAUGAAGGAGAGAGGCACGCCAAUAGAGAGAAUACCUCACCUAGGCUUUAAACAGAUCAACCUGUGGAAAAUCUACAAAGCUGUAGAGACCCUGGGAGGCUAUGACUCGGUGACAGCUCGGCGGCUCUGGAAGAAUGUGUAUGAUGAGCUGGGUGGUAGUCCGGGUAGCACCAGCGCGGCCACCUGCACCCGCCGUCACUACGAGAGGUUGGUUCUGCCUUUUGAACGGCAUCGGCGAGGGGAGGGGGACAAGCCGCUCCCUCCCGCGAAACCCCGGAAACAGUAUAAGAGGAGCACAGACGGCAAGAGUAAAGCGGAGAGCAAGAAGCGCCGAAGAACGGCGGAGAGAGACGACCCAGAGGAGAACUUGCGAAUGGAUCACCACUGUGAGAGAGGAGAGUGUUCCAGUCCAUGGCCAGCGUCAGAGCAUCCGGACGGUGACCAGCAUGCUCAAGCCACGCCACCCCCUCUUGCAUGCCCCAAGGAGAAGCCCCUCCUCAAGAGCCUAAGCCCCGCCUUGGUCAUGUCCCCCCUGGAGAAGAAGAAGCGUCUGGCACAGGCCAGUCUGAGUGAGGAGGGGGCUGAGCCUGAGAGACCGUCUGUGAUCCAACUGUCCUACUCCUCUCAGUCUCCAGCCUGCACAUCCUCCACCCGUCUUAGGCACGCCUCUGAUGGCUCACCCCUCCCUCUCUCCUCUCCCUCCGCCUCCUUCUCCCGUAGCCCCUCCCCUUACUCAGUCUCCUCCGAGGACUGCGUGGCCAUGCCGACGCAGCAGACGCCUGCCCCCGAGGAGGAGAAGCCGAAACCCACCUUCCUCGGCACCGUGCCUUCCCCAGAGCCCGGCGGUGCCCGAGUCUGCAAGCCGCUCAGCCAAUACCCCUGCACCAAGGACCUCGCCACCCUCCCCCGUCCUGUUUACCGGGACUUCCUUCAGGUCGGUCCCACCCAUCCGGAGAAGGCCCCCAGGGGCCCGUCGACGUGGGGCUCAGAGGGCAAAGUAGGCGGGAGAACCUCAGCCCUCCGGAUUCCUCUCUCCGCCUCCUCUGGCACGGCCUGCUGGGUGCACUCCCCCUCCAGCUUCACCAAGGUCCUGCCUCGCGCUCGGGACCCCUGGAGACCCAUAUCACUACAGUCCAGCUACAAACUGCACACGCCCCACCCCCAGCCCCACCCCAAGAGGCCGAGUAGCGCGGAAGCCUACGUGAAGAAGCUCGCCUCCCCAACACACUUUGUAGACAGAAAGGAGAAGGCGAAGAUGGUGAUGCCCAAGCCCCUUCCUGCACAGCAGUAUGUACUUCAUCCACAGCCCGGGCUUCCCAUGCCCUACCUGUUGCCGGCCUUCGACCGGACGGCGACAGAGCAGCUGAAAACGCUGCCCGUCCACCCCAUCCUCCUUCCCACUCAUCUCACCAUCCCUCCGUCUCAAGCGCACCCUGCGCACCCUGUCCCCGUGGGGGCCUGCCUCCCUGGGACCUACGAGGCACUGCGCUCGUAUCCUUACCCGGUACCCCUCUGGCAGCCGCCCCCCAGCUACAGCAUGGCCAGCCUGCAGCCGUAUUAACAGCACCUGUAUUUUUUCCUUUUUCCACAUUUUAACAAAAAGAAAUUGUUAAUAACAAAAAAGUGUGAAGUGAUUCUAUAAUCGUAGUGUCCGUGCACUGAAAAAACAGACUACUGAGUGUUAGUUAGGGUCAAACGGGAAAAAAGUCCAAGAAAUUCCUUCCGUGGGACUAUGCAGUUACUUCGGUACAAAUCAAAUAAAUGCAAAUUUCUUUUGGCCGCUGCAGGCGCUGAGGUUGCUUUCUUCAGUGUCUCUCCUGGAACAGUAGAGGUCGCUGCGGACUGAAACUGUGUGUAAUCCUCAGUUAAGCAGUGAAGAACCAAAACCAACCUCGACCACAACUAAACCCUAACUGGAAAUGGAGCCAUGGAAAAGACUAUUUACGGAUAUUAACUACGGCCGUUACACCCGUUAUUUCCCACUACUGACGCAGUGUUACUGCUUAAAGAAAGCAUCAGAAAUGUGGCAUUUAUACAUGUACAUUUGUAAAUUGUCUAUAAAGUAUUUUAUUUUUAUGAAAUAAAGUAAAGUAUACUUAUAUGAAGAUCA